AUGCCACCAGGACUUCCUCCCCCUGUAUCAGCAGCCCCUCAUAUGGGAGUACCACCCCCAGCUCCUCAUGUUAAUCCAGCUUUCUUUCCCCCUCCUCACAGUUCUGCCCCUCCACCAGGAGCCAUAGAGAAUAAAUGGAGUCCAAUACCAAUAAUUUGGAAGAAAAUUCCUCGGUUGCUGAAAUCCUGUGUCUGUCGACAUUGUCUCUGGGGGGACAAUUUUAAACAGUUUACAGAUAAAACAGCGCUCAAGAACAAAACUUCGAAACCAUUUUUCAUCAUUAAAGCUACCGUGUGCUUAGUGAAAAACUUGGCGAAAAACGUAGGUGGAGAACGAGCGAACCUCGGAAAAUGUUUCUUGACACAUCUGAAUAGUAUAAGAACGGUUGAAGAAUUAACCGUUUUUGCGAUUAUCGGAUCAGUGCUUAUAUGUAAUAGAUGUGAAGCGAAACGAGAAACUGAAAGUAGAGAAACUGUUCCUUAUUUAUUCUAUUGGAUAAACCAAUCCUUCGAAAUUUUCAACGACCCGGCAUCUUGGAAUGCCAUGUACCACUUACAAGACGCCAUUGAUGCGAUUUGGAUUCUAGCGAAUUUCGGCAGUGCUAGUCGAUUCUGUGACAGCAACGUGUUAUAUUCCUUUCAUCAAAUCAUCAAAACAGCUUCAUUAUCGGAACAAAAUCAAACAGUUGAGAUUAUCUGGGUUCUGUGUUUUGAUUCAGAGUUCGAAGAAUUCAUCAAAAGUCACAAAAUAGUGAAAACCAUGAGACUGAAAGAGCGAAAUGACAAGGAUUUGAAGCUACUCCGCAGACUGAACGCGGUAUUGACUAUACUCAGAGAACGAUAUUUCCCUCGCUCCAUCUCGUUAGAGAGCAGUGAAGCCUCUUCGACGUCGGUCGCUCGAAUUGUCUACCACACGAACAACAUGGACGCUGCUCAGAAACUUUAUGACAAGCUGAGAACUGAAAAUGUCUCGGCACAUCUAAAUGACUUCGGCGAAAAUGAUCCAAAAUAUUUCGAGACGGCUGUGUCGUGGAUGCAGAAUUGCUACUGUUUACUCAUCUGUGUCUCGGAAUUCACUGAAAUUGAUUAUGAUUCUAGGACUAUAUUUUACAUCGCUCAGAAACUUCAUAUGGAUAUAAUAGCAGUAUUUGUUAACAGAAACAUCCCAUUGAUGGGUUGGGUUUAUCAAGAACUCAGAGAUAAACCUCGUUUCGACUUUAUCGAGAGUCCAUUUUACGUUCAAGAUCUCUCCAAACUUCUGCUAGAAAAAUCAAUUCGAUUUUCUCGGAAUCAUGGAUUAAGAAAUACCAGAAGUUUGGGGAGCUUAUCGGGACAAUCAAAAGUGUCGAUGUUGUCGGACCGUUCGGACGUGUCCAGAACUUCGUUUGAAAGUGUAGGAGAAAUCGGGAAACAGUCUUCCUAUGAUAGAACUUCGUGUUCAGGGAGUUUAGACCAGGCUCCGACAACAAACAAAUUGCCUGACUCGUCUUCGUUUGAGAAUAAUUGUUUGUCUAUGCCUGAAAGGUUUAAAGAAAUGAAAAAAAAAGACGUCUCACAGUGGUUGACAGGUCUUCAAAUUGGGAUCAAUGUUCGAGAAUUUAGAGAUGUGAACGGACCAGUAUUAUGGGAAUUAUUUACAGCAUGUCAGACCAGUGAUCCGUUUGAUGAGAAAUCCUAUGACGAUAUGAUGGAACAAUUUAAUUUAAGAGACGACCAGAAAGUCAAGUUUACUGACGCCCUUCUGAAAUUGUGA